AUGGCUGAACCUCCAAUGCCAGACUUGUCACAUCUUAGCGCGGAGGAGCGUCAAAUCAUUGAGGAAGUAUUUCAACGACAACGUGCUGAGGAAGAAAAAGAAACGCAAAUUAGCCAGAAAGCUGAUCAGGAAUUAGAAGCAAUUGAUAAGCAAAUUAAUGAACGAAAGGAAAUAGCGCAACGGCUAAUCGGAACACAAGACGAUGCCAUUUGCCAAAUUUGUCAAAAGACAAAAUUCGCCGAUGGAAUUGGUCAUAAAUGUUUUUACUGUCAACUGAGGUCAUGCGCGCGAUGUGGAGGUCGAACAAUGAGUAGAAACAAGCCAAUUUGGGCUUGUUCAUUGUGCCAAAAAAGACAACAAAUUCUGGCCAAAACAGGCAAAUGGUUCCAACAAUCUGCUUUAGUAGAGGAAAGCAAAGCAGCGACCACUUCGUCUGAUUCUAAUCGAAAAUUUCAACGUGGUAGCGAUGUAUCUAACGUACCUAUGCUAAAAUCAACUAUACUGCCAGGUGAUAUGCUAGCAGCAAAAAUACGAACAUAUCUUUCCUAUCCUGUCACGUGGCAACCAUCCGCUGAUCAGCGUCGUUUGAUCGGCCAUAUGAUUUUACACAAAACAACUGGUACGCAAGGAGAUCUCGGCUUAAAGGAGUCAAGCCUUUACUCAUCUAUCCACUUGCAUUUUCUUCUAAAGCACUGGAAAAGUUUUUGA